AGCGGAAGUUAUCUACAUCCUGCACUCCUCGUCAGGGACACCGAUUGAAUUCGAGUGAGCAGUGUCUUCGUACAAACACAUCCAGCUCGAGCUGCAGCAGCGGGCCUGUCCUCGGGAGAAGUGUGUGUCAGUGUCGGACCCUCAGGACCCUCGCCGUGGUCGUUAGCUGCUAACAUGGCGGAGCUGAGGCACCGAGGAGCCAGAGACAACGAGCCGCAGCUCUCAGAGGACAAGGGUUCAGACAGUGAGCUGAAGGUGGAAAAAGAUGUGGUGUCAGACACUGAGACCAAGGUGGACCCAGGGGUCCCAGAGGUGCCUGUUCCUCCCGAUGACACCCCAGAAGUUCUAAACAAGGCCCUGUCUGGACUCUCCUCAAGAUGGAAGAACUGGUGGGUACGAGGCAUCCUCACACUGGCCAUGAUCUCCUUUUUUUUCUUAAUCAUCUACCUGGGCCCCAUGGUGCUUAUGAUGAUUGUCCUCUGUGUUCAGAUCAAGUGCUUCCAAGAAAUCAUUACCAUCGGCUACAGUGUCUACCACUCGUACCACCUGCCCUGGUUCAGGACGUUGAGCUGGUACUUCCUGCUGUGUGUAAACUACUUCUUUUAUGGUGAGACCGUGACAGAUUACUUCUUCACACUGGUGCAAAGGGAGGAGCCACUUCGCAUCCUCAGCAAAUACCACCGCUUCAUCUCGUUCGCCCUCUACCUCACAGGUUUCUGCAUGUUUGUGCUGAGUUUGGUGAAGAAACACUACCGCCUUCAGUUCUACAUGUUUGGUUGGACCCACGUGACUCUGCUGAUUGUGGUGACUCAGUCUCACCUUAUCAUUCACAACCUGUUUGAGGGGAUGAUCUGGUUCAUUGUGCCAAUUUCCUGUGUGAUCUGUAACGACAUUAUGGCGUACAUGUUUGGUUUCUUCUUCGGCCGCACACCUCUCAUCAAGCUGUCCCCUAAGAAGACGUGGGAGGGAUUUAUUGGAGGACUUUUCGCCACCAUUGUGUUUGGUAUCAUGUUCUCUUAUGUGAUGGCUGGCUACCGCUACUUUGUGUGUCCAGUGGAGUUCAACAACGACUCCAACAGUUUCCAGGUGGACUGUGAACCAUCUGACCUGUUCCAGCUGCAGGAAUAUGCCCUGCCCGCCAUCCUGGAGUCUUUCACUGGAUGGACCACCGUGCGCCUCUACCCAUUCCAGAUCCACAGCAUUGCGCUCUCUUCAUUUGCCUCCAUCGUGGGACCCUUCGGUGGCUUCUUUGCCAGCGGCUUCAAGAGGGCCUUCAAGAUCAAGGAUUUUGCAAACACUAUCCCGGGGCAUGGAGGUAUUAUGGACAGAUUCGACUGCCAGUACCUCAUGGCCACAUUUGUUAACGUCUACAUUGCUAGCUUCAUCAGGGGCCCCAACCCCAGCAAAGUGAUCCAGCAGCUCCUGGCCCUGCGAGCAGAUCAGCAGCUCUCCAUAUUCAACUCCCUGAAGGCUCACCUGACAGAGAAGGGCCUGCUUCCGGCGCUGGAGGAGGCCGCCGCCUAGAUCUGGCCGCAACCACACUGGCUCCCCUUUGUAGGAGAGACAGGAGGGCAGCACCUGUGGGUGGUGUGCAGCCCUGGAGAUCUGGGAGACUUGCAGUGCUUUGUGUGAGCGAGAACACAUCUAAGAAAAAAAACAACAAAGAAAACCAGAAAAAAACCACAGCCUUGGUUCAUUCCAUUUCAUUUUCAUAUGAGGGUCAUGUGUUUGUGUUCAUACAGUCUGUGAACCUGUUUGUCACACCACUGUUUUCAGGUUGCGUUAGUGAAUUAUUGUACUGUUACACAUUUCCAUUAUUACAGACUUGUAUCUACUCAAACUGUUGAACAAAACGUCGGUCAGCUGUGUAUAUGGGCAUCCUCUAUAUACCUGUUACUGUGUGUUAAUAUUUUAUGGUACAUUUCUUUGUUUUAAUGCACUGCUCUCUCUGUUACUCACUGUAUCUGCCCCCCAGACUUUCAAUUUUAUUUUCAUUAUUGUGAUUGUUUCUAUUUAUAUAUAGAAGUUUUUAUAUUUGGUAUGUUCUAUUAUAUCUUAAUAGGUCGUGUCUGUGAUUUAUUCAGACUUUUGCCAUCUUUUCAUGUGCAUAUAUGUGUGCGUGUGUCUUUUGUCUGUGUUUGCUGCCAUUCAACAUUUCAAAGCCUUUAAUGCUUAGUCAAUUCAUUUUAAUCAUAUUCUCCUUUGUUUAUCGUAUGGAAAUAUCAGAUGAACGACUGGGUUACUCUGAAGUAUUUGAUUGAAUCUGACAAACAGAGUCCAGUCUCUUGAUUCCCAUCUGUUGGUGGUUUUGUUCAUAUAUUAGCACUGCAGCAGAGCUCAAUCUGCAAAAAGCUCUUUUAUUAUGAAUGAAGGCCAGACACAGUCGAUCCUCACCAGGUUGCCAUUUCAUGAUAAGAAUAGGAAUCAUUUUAUUUUUUGUUUUUAUUGACCCCAGUCAGUGUUUCUACUCGGUAUGUUCCUGAGGUGGUGGGAUUGUUUAUUGUGGCCUUUAUUGGGGAUGUUGUCAGUAUCAGUGGUUGAGCUGUGUGUUGUCUCCUCUCCAUGUUUCAGAGCAGGAAGUGUGACUGUCACUGGUCUUCUCGACCUAUCAGAGUGAGUUAUGUAUCUAAUGUUUAAGUUGGAGUAACAAUCAUCUGCUGUACACAUACUCCAGUGUUUGUUACCUGAGGUUCUGAAGCAGGACUCUGAGAUAUUGAAUAUUGGCCAAUGUGUGUCUGAUUUAGUGGUAAAAUAUAAAAGCUGAAGCUUCUGUACUGUUGGGUUCAUUUUUGUUUUGCGAUUUCUAAAAUUAUUCAACUGUCAAGGGACACUGCACUGAUUCCUAAACAAACAUCUGUAAUACGCAAACUGCCAAAACAGUUGUAUCUUGUCCUUGUGACAGUAGAACUUUUUUAAGUCUGGGAAAAUAACCCUGAUGAUGUCACGGUGAUGGCCUCCCAAGUUAUUUUGGUCUGAGCUUGGGGACAAAUCUUGCCUGACAGACUGUUAAACAACCUGGACUGUGGAAUUUUUAAAAAAAGUGGUAAUUUAAGUGCAGGAUCUAAUGAAAAGAUCCUAUUAAGUUGAAUUGUGGGAAGUGUAGUUUCCACUAAAAGCCAGGCUAUCAACCUCUGCUGCAUCAAUUUCUUUCUUUCAUGCUUUCAUUGAAAAUAUGCUUUUAAACAUCAAACUGAGUGAGUCAUUACUAGAUGACAAUGUGCAAAUAUAAUAAGCUUAAAUACUCAAGUAUUUUAAAAAUGUUCAAUAGAUUCCAAAAGCCUCAGAUUGUUAAUUUUGAUCUGGUUAAGUUUAUCUGCAAAUCAUGUUCAGACACUGCAGUAAAGAUUAGUGCAAACUAAGAUUUCACUGUAAUUAUUCAAGCUAAUAUCCUCAUCCGGUCUGUGCACAGCCAUGAUUUUGUUUCUGUCCAGUAGGUGUUCAUGUGUUUGUCCUUGUCAGUGAAGUGAGAUAGAGCAGUUUGUUUUCAGUGUUAAAGGACUAAACAGCAAUACGAGCAUCACAGUCGUCUGUAGCAGGGAUGUGAAGCUCAGUAUCUCAUGGUAAUCAUAUAAAAAACAUGCUAUCAGAGCCACUGUAUGAAGCAAACACACUUCUACAUGUUCUUUAUUUGCAUUUGAAUGCCACUCCAUAUUUCUAUGGAUUGAUUGUCAUUCCGUUCAUGUUUGUGGUUUGACGUGUGUGAUAUAUCCAGCCAUGCAGUCUUGACUUGAUCUGUCUUAAAAUAUUUAUGUUAUUGACUGUAAUCAAGCCACACCUUUUCAAAGUGACUAUAUUGUACAUUGAAGAUGUUUAGAGAUAUGUUGAAUGUUCUUUAGUAUUUUUGGUUAGAGGAUAAUUUAAGUAUUUCUAUUAUUAUUGUUACUGCCAUAUAGGAAAGAGCAUUGAGAUACUAGACACGUAUUUUCUCUCUGUCUUUUCUUGCUGUGACUUUAGUGCACUUGGGUGUUUUCUCUGCUCAUCCCUGGUAGCUGUUGUGUGAAUAAGCUUCUGAAGCAGUGUGGAUAGUCGUAGCGCUGCGUUGCACCAUCUCCUUCUGAGUAGACAGGAAGUUUUCUGAGAGAAGCUGUGAGGACUUUCAGAUACCUCACAUUUCUCUCUCUCUGUGGUAGGUUUGACCGUUGAGGUGUUUUGGGCCCCACAGCUCUGUACUGCCAUUUCUCUGUGUGGUGUUGUAGUCGACCACUAGAGAGAGCUGGAGCUCCUGUGGUCGGCCACCCACUGUAACACCGAUGCUGCAUCUGAGCAGAAAGGUGUGACCCCUUGUUACUGCCGUUUGAUACAUUCCAGUACCCCUGAAGUUCAGAGGAGGCGGACCAUGAGGGAUCAGUAUUUUUUUUUUUUUCGUGGCACUCAGGAAGCCUCCUCUGUGCCGUAUCUAAUCAAGUCGGUUUACUAUUGUGAAUCCUGCCCUGCCAGGAGCCUCUCUAAAAGGAAUGUAUGGAGUUAUGAGUGUCCCACAUAUACUGUGUAGGCUCCCCCCUGUGGACAGUUAUUUUUGUGUUUAUAGAUUCUCUUUAAAAAGCUAUAUGAGUUCAGUAUAUUACUCUUAAACUGUGCAAUGGUUUGUGUUAAGUUGUUCGUUUGGCUAGAGCAAACUGAUACUGAAAUGUGCUUUGCUUUGUUUCAGAGAAUAUUAAAGAUAUAUAUA